AUGUCAUCUCUUCAAAGGAUUAACAUUCCCAUCUUUAUGCCGUUUUUAGUUUCGCUGUUAUCAAUUCAUUCAACUAUUUUAUCAGCGCAACAAAGCGUUUUCGUUGAAGCUCUUGUUCUCAGUCAAUCCCCUCAGUACCACCACGCAAGAUCCAACUCGCAGCUUGUGCCCAGCGCCACGGCUAGAUAUGCUGGAUUCUGGGAUGGUCUUUCCGACUUAUGGGAAGAAGUUAUUGAAGUCAGCACAUAUGGUCCCAGUGAACGAAAGCUUCUGAAAAAACAACGAGAACAGCAAAACCAACAGGUACAACAACAAGAAGGAGAGCAAUCUGCUGUUGAACAAGAGCCAUCAACUGCCAACGACGAGCAGUCAACCUCCUCGUAUGACCUGUACGAAAACAAUGACUCAGAGGCUUGGAUGAAAGCCUUUGGAGUAGAAAAAGACAAGCGCACUCCGCGAGAAGAGUCCAAUCCUCCCAUUGAUGGAUACGGGCUGCGAGACUUGCUCCUGGCAAAAUGGGGAGCUCCUUUGGACAUUGAUUUUCAACGUAGUCCUUUCCAAGUGGAUGUCCUAUAUUGCGCAAUUUUACCAGUAGUGGGCUACGGUGACAGGAAAGGACGGGGACGCGCUCUACCUGCGAGACAUGAGUCAGAGUUGGACUACUUGAUGCACCUACAAGGGGUCAUCGAAGUCUUACAUGAAUACGAUCAGCUGGAAGGAUUCCUAGUAAUGAUUGAGACCACCAAUAAAGUACCUAAACGAGGGACAGAGUCAGUCUUGUAUCAAAUGAAGCUGAGCCGUGAAGAAUUGAAACGAGUUUUGAACCUGUAA